GCAAAGUCCCGGAAGUCAAGUGGAACGCAAAGUCCCGGAAGUCAAGUGGAACGCAAAAUCCCGGAAGUGUUGUGUGACCUACAAGAAGGAAGUCGAGCGAAAUGCAAAGGCUGGUGAGUGAGGAGCGGCAGGGGCGAUAACUGAUCAGCGAGAAACCACAGUAUUAGACGUUUUGUGAGGGUGACACCGGUCCUGUAUAAAUAACUGAGACACUGAGGAUGGACAGGAGUCCUAUGACUGAGAGGAUAUUACAUCUCACCCUGGAGAUCAUCUAUCUGCUGACUGGAGAGGGUUACACAGUAUUGAAGAAGACAUCCCGUGAGUGUGAGACAUCCAGCAGCUGUAACCAUGUGUCAGGAGGACUGAGCAGGACCCAGAGCCCCAUCACGGUGCCUCCACCUCACUCACUGAUACAUGAAAGACACAAUGACCAGAAGAUCCUGGAACUCACCAACAAAAUCAUUCAGCUGCUGACUGGAGAGGAGGGGGAGUAUAUAGAGCAACACAGGGGUCUGUACAAGGACGUGAUGAUGGAGAAUCACCGGCCCCUCACAUCACUGGAUGGGCCCAGUAACAGAGAUACCCCAGAGAGAUGUCCCCGUCCUCUGUAUUCCCAGGAUUGUACAGAGGAGAAUCACAGGAUCCCACAGGAGGAUCAGGUUGAAGAUCUGAGUAAUAUGAAGGCAGAAGAUAUAGAGGAAGAAGACGAAUCAUACGUGACUGGUUGUAAGGCAGAUGAUAUAGAGGGAGAAGAAGAGACGUAUGUAACUAAUAUAAAAGUAGAAGAUAUUGAGGAAGAAGAGAUGUAUGUGACAGACAAUAUGGCUGAAGAUAUAGAAGAAGAAGAGAUGUCUUUGACUGAUAUGAAGGCAGAAGAUACAGAAGGAGAAGAAGAAACGUAUGUGACUGAUAUGAAGGCAGAAAAUACAGAGGGAGAAGAAGAGACGUAUGUGACUGAUAUGAAGGCAGAAGAUACAGAGAGAGAAGAAGAGACGUAUGUGACUGAUAUGAAGGCAGAAGAUAUAGAGGGAGAAGAAGAGACGUAUGUGACAGAUAAUAAGGCAGAAGAUAUAGAGGGAGAAGAGACGUAUGUGACAGAUAAUAAGGCAGAAGAUAUAGAGGGAGAAGAGACGUAUGUGACUGAUAUGAAGGCAGAAGAUAUAGAGGGAGAACAAGAGACGUAUGUGACUGAUAUGAAGGCAGAAGAUAUAGAGGGAGAACAAGAGACGUAUGUGAGGGGUGAUCAGAAGUGUAAGCAGAAGGAAAUCCCUACAGAUAUCAGCACAGCAAAAGGAGGUAAUGGCAGGAAUAUCUUGGAGGAACACCUUGUUUUAUCUGCAUAUUGUGACAUAGAAGACAACAGCAUCACAUGGGACUCUCUGGAAGGGAACUCUAUUACCCCAAAUAUAUAUCCAAUGUGUCACCCUGCAGAAAUGUCAUCUGAUCCCGCUUAUCAUAAAUGUUUUCCUAAUAAUUCAGAUAUUACACAUAUUACAGCUCUAAGAGCAGACAAAAUAUGUACUUCUUUAGAAUGUUUUACACAGAACAUAAAGUGUAUAACCCAUCAGCCAGCUAAGACAGGUGAGAAACAGUUUCCUUGUACUGAUCAAUCACAUCUUGUUAAACAUCAGAGAAGUCACUCAGGUGAGAAACCAUUUCCAUGUUCUAAAUGUGUGAAAUGUUAUACACACAAGUCACUUCUUGUUAGACAUGAGAGAUGUCACACUGGUGAGAGGCCAUUUCAGUGUUCUGAAUGUGGGAAAUGUUUUACACAGAAAUCAAAUCUUGUUAAACAUAAGAGACUUCACACAGGUGAGAAGCCAUUUCUGUGCCCUAAAUGUGGGAAAUGUUUUACACAGAAAUCAUAUCUUGUUAAACAUGAGAGACUUCACACAGGUGAGAAACGUUUUCCAUGUUCAGAGUGUGGAAAACGUUUUGCAGAAAAAUCAGCUCUUGUUACACAUGAAAGAAUUCACACAGGGGAGAAGCCAUUUACAUGUUCUGAGUGUGGGAAAUGUUUUUCAGAUAAAUCAGCUCUUGUUACACAUGAAAGAAUACACACAGGAGAGAAACCGUUUAUAUGUUUUGAGUGUGGGAAAUGUUUUACACAUAAAUUAUCUCUUGUUACACAUCAGAGACAUCAUACAGGUGAGAAGCCAUUUACAUGUUUUCAUUGUGGAAGAUGUUUUACACACAAAUCAGUUUUUAUAACACAUCAGAAAAUUCACACAGGUGAGAGGCCAUUUCCAUGCUCUGAGUGUGAGAAAUGUUUUACACAGAGAUCACAUCUUGUUAUACAUCAAAGAAGUCACACAGGGGAGAAGCCAUUUUACUGCUCUGAGUGCGGAAAAUGUUUUUUAGAUAGAUCAGCUCUUAGUAGACAUGAGCGAUUUCACACAGGUGAGAAGCCAUUUCCAUGCUCUGAGUGCGGGAAGUGUUUUACACAGAAAUCAGAUCUGGUUAAACAUCAGAGAACUCACACAGGUGAGAAGCCGUUUUCAUGCUUUAAGUGUGGAAACUGUUUUUCAGACAGAUCAGCUCUUGUUAGACAUGAGCGAAUUCACACGGGGGAGAAACCAUUUUCAUGUGCUGAGUGCGGGAAAUGUUUUACAUACAAAUCAGUUUUUGAUCGACACGAGAGAACUCACACGGGUGAGAAGCCCUUUUCGUGUUCUGAGUGUGGAAAAUGUUUUACGUACAAAGCGGCUCUUGUUACCCAUCAGAGAACUCACACAGGGGAGAAACCGUUUUCAUGCUCCGAGUGUGGGAAAUGUUUUAUUCAGAAAUCGUAUCUCGUUACGCACGAGAGACUUCACACAGGUGAGAAACCGUUUACGUGCACAGAGUGUGGGAAAUGUUUUACACGGAAAUCACAUCUUGUUACACACGAGCGACUUCACACAGGUGAAAAGCCGUUUUCAUGCACAGAGUGUACAAAAUGUUUUUCAGACAGGUCCCAUCUUAUUAGACAUGAGAGACUUCACACAGGGGAGAGGCCGUUUACAUGCACUGAGUGUGGGAAAUGUUUUACCAAUAAAUCAAAUCUUGUUGCACACGAAAGACUGCACACAGGGGAAAAACCAUAUUCAUGCGCUGAGUGUGGGAAAUAUUUUACGAAUAAAUCACAUCUCGUUAGACAUAGGAGACUUCACACAGGGGAGAAACCAUUUCCAUGUUCAGACUGUGUGAAUUGACAGAUGUCAGGUUUUAUAAUUAAAUUGUUCACACUCAUUUACACAAGUAAAUUGUGGGUGUGUAAAAUCAAAAUAUGGUUAUAUAGUCUUCUAUACCCCUGCUGGAUGCAGGGCAGAUUAUCUGAACAAAUCAUGGUAUAAAGUUAUAUAUUAGGGAAUGUGGUCCGUGAAAGGGGAUUGUCCUUGGCUCUGUGUCUGUAAUGUUCUAUGGUUACUCUGUAAGUAGGGUAAACUUCAAACGCAAAAUAACUUUAUCGCCAACUUGAGGUAUACAGUGAUAACGUCAUAUCAUGGAAACAGGUUUGGGUUUGGUGCACUGCCUUUGAUAAGAGCAGGACAGACGUUCAAGAUGAGCAGCACUAGGACCGUCCUCCCUAGAGCCCUGACCUGGCACCAAGUGACUUCCAUCUCUUUGGACCAGUGAAGAAGCAUCUGGGUGGAAGGCAACUCGCAACCGACUGUGAAGUUCAGUGAGCCAUCAUGACCUGGCUUCAGGAGCUUGACAUUGAUUUCUUCUAUGGUGGGAUAGAUGCCUUGGUGUACCGUUUCAGUAAAUGCUUACACAGGUGGGAAAUGUAUCUGUACCAAGGCCAUACUAUUGAUUAUAUCCAUAUGUACGAGUAGAAUAAAUUUAUUGUGAUGUUGUUACCUUAUUUAUUGAACCACCAUCGUAUAUAUUUAUAUAUAUUAUAUAUAUAUAUAUGUGUGUAGGGUGAAGUUUUUAGGUGUUUCUAAGUUAUUAAAGUCCAUUAUUGAUUACCCAUA